AUGUGCGAUGAGUUCCAAGGGAUCCUCAAGGCUGUCAUUGCUCCAAAAAGAGACGAGUCAAAUGCUGCUUACGGCCGUUCAGAGAUCAACGUUCCACAGGCUGUGGACUUCUGCAUGCGGAAGGCAGCCCAAAAUGCAAGUGGUGAGCUUUCCUUCGAUGAGUUCAGCUCCUUCCUGCGAGUGCUGCGCAAGGCUGGCGCUAGCAGCCGUAAGGCAGAUCUCGUCUUUGCGCUCUUUGACCUGGACCAAAGUGGAUUCCUGGACAAAGACGAGUUCUUGGAGGUCUAUCGCUACUUCUUAGGGCACCGGCCAACAGCAGAAAAGUUUGAGGAAGAAUGGGCAAGUUUGGAUAUGAAGGUGGAAGGAUAUGUCAGUCAGAAACGUUACAAUCAGUGGCUGCGUGCGAGUUCGAACCCGGUUUUCAAGCAGUACGCAUCGUCUCACGAUGAUGACGUUUAUGGCAGAGUACCAAAGCUGUCCAAGAAGGAUGCUGAUGGGCUUCUUCGGCUAACGCAGCACAAGAGGAGCCAGUGGCGACCCCUUUGGAAUGACCGCUGGAACUGCCAAGACAACUCCUUGCUAAACAAGGUGCUCAUGCCGCGGCACAAGCAUAUGUUUUCGCGAGUCCAGUCAGAAACUGAGCUUCGAAGGUUUUAUGCCCGACAUCCUCGCUGGGACGCUCACUACCAGAAGCUGGAUACUCCCGAGCCAGUGAGGCCGCAGACGAUGUUGACGGCAGAUAUUGCGCCAUUGAUACCAGAGCGGCACGCUCCGAGUGGCAGGAUGAGGAAUCCGCAGACGGGUCGGCACGAACACUGGAACGACUACUGGCAGACGCCGAAGAGUGCCUCCCUGAUACAGAAGUACACACCUGGGUCCAUACACCUGCGCUGUCCUGGCCGGCCCCCGGAUCACCUAAUCCAGGGCCGGGAAGAUGACGAGGACGAAUUGACGUGA